AUGAACAGUGAACGCAAGCUCCGUGCGGCGUGCGACCGCUGCCACGAACUGAAGAACCGAUGCACUCGCACCUGUGGGCCCGAAGCUCGGUGCGACCGGUGUGAGAGACUCGACAUAGAUUGCGUAUACAACACCACGGCGCGCAUGGGUCGCCCACGACUGCCACGCCCAGUGUCUGAGAACCACAAGGGAGCCUCUUCCGAUGGCAAUAGCAAUGCGAGACACGCCAAACGACGGGCUGUCCAAGCCGAGACUCCACGUGGUACUACUGCAAUGCAGAUUCCUGUUGCUCGUGUUGAUCCGGCGUCUGCAGCUGCACCUGCACACAAUAGAUCUGGGGGUGCCAGUUCUGGCAACCCCGACAGUGUUGAGCCAGUGGUAGGGUUUCUAGAUCCCCUUCUCCUCCAAGAAGCAAUUCCUGGUGACAACCUGCACUGGGAUAUGAGGCUCUACUCCCCGGACUUUGCGCAUGUCGCCCAAGAUGACCCACAGCAUGGAUACCCUCACCAGAGAUGUCAGCAAAUGGAGAGCAUGCGACACGUGUCCAAAGGAACUUCCGUUUUAUCUGACUCUGGCCUGGGCGACUCCGAGCAAGAGACGGUCCCUUUUGUCAAGACGGCCGGUGCUCAGGAGCUCCUACGGUUGCAGUCUCACCUGAGCAACUUAUUAGCAUGCGCCAGCGGUCCUCACGCGGAGAACCAGCCGGCCCUUGACGAAGUCCUCGUUGCCUGUAAAGAUUUACUAGAGCUCCUUCCAGUCUCCGCAGCCCGUUGUCCAGAACCUGAUCUCCAAACCACAAGCAAUGGUGGGACUGGAACCGGCACAUCAUGUGCCCCGACCGGUGUGAAUCCUGAAGAACCCGAUGGCUGCCGUGGCAUCUGUGAAUCGACUCCAAAAGAAGGCAGACUAUUCGACCCGCUAGGGGUGAACUACAUUACUGUCCUACAAAUUGCAACAUCUUAUGCCUGCGUCCUGCAGGUGCUGGACCUCGCCGUGGAUAGUCUUAUGAAUCAGACCGGGAACUUGGGCCCCAUUAGCAUGGGUUCUUUUAACCUUCCCGCCCAGUCUGCCAUGAGUACAUCUGUUGGAGCUUAUAUGAUUUCUAGCAUGGUCCGUGAGCUGCGUGAUGCAAUAAGUCUUCUGAUGCCAGGAUACCAGCAACAGAACGGACCACCGCGCGUAGCAACACCACACAGUGGUUUGCGGCCGUCUUCCUCAGCAGGAAAUAGUUCAAUACAAGCUGCGGUGAACAUGAUUUCCGAGAAGGAGGCAUCACUACUCGAGAAAUUGGCGCAGGUUAUGGCCAAUCCAUAG